UUCGCCCGUUACCAGGCAGCGCUGUGAUAAGCCCGGGACUGUUGCUAGACCGUCGAUUACAUUAAUACAGCACUGACCUUCACUUCACAGAUAUGUGAAAUGUCGCUAAAAUAAAAAAACCCUCGAGGAGAUCGUUAAAUUCCAACCAGGGAAAUUCAGUUAAUUUGGAUAGCUAAAGUUACUUUGCUAGGUCGCUACCUAAUGUACCUCGUAAGUUUGCUUUGCCAGAGGGCACCUUUUUUGGUUGUUGUUGUUGCCUAGACCAGCUGGCUUCGUAUCGCACCGCUACUGUGCAAUUAAAGGUAUCGAGUUAUCCUUCCGCUUUGUGCUAUUUGCAUUGAGUAACAUUAUACGGCAUGAAGAACAGCAAAGCCGAAUAACGGUAACACAUGAAACAUUUGGUUUACAUGGCAGUGAUGCUCUCGCAAGUCAUGGCUAAUUGACGUUAGUUCGCUAUUUUGUUUGAGGGUUUCGCUAACGGCCACGCCACCUUUCACAGGACCACAGAUGGACGAAUGUACGGAUGUAACUUCAGCUAAUCAGCUAAUAUAGCUACCAGCUCAGAAGUGACCUGUCGCACUGUUCGGAACCAUGGCGUCCUCCAGCAGCGAUCUUCGGGAGAAAAUUCGGCAGAAGCGUCGGGCCCUGAGAGAGUCCCUGGCGAAGGACAAGCGCGGCACGGACACACAGGAGCUGACGGCCACAGAGGAGGAUCAGGUGGAGAGUCUGAAGAGGAGCCUGAAGGACCAGCGGCAGCGGAGGAAGAAGAAGCUGCUGAAAGAUGUGUCCUCAGAAGAUUUGGUGGAGGAGUUGGCGGGGGCGGGGGCGGGGGCGGGGCCUGUCCGACAGGGCGGGGCUUCACUGGAACCUGUGGCCUCCACCAGUGGCGUCGGACGCAGCUCCAGAGACCUGCCCCCCCUGCCUGUGUCUCCCCUGGGCUCCAGCCAAUCAGAGGUCUCCAUGAGGCAGCGCAUGCGGGAGAAGCUGCAGGCGGCUAGGUCUAAGAGCCUGCAGCAGGAGGCUGUGGAGCCGGGAGGCCUGCUGGCCCUCAGAGACCGAGACGCCCUGACCCGCUUCGACAGAGAGGACAGCAGGCCUGGGAGUCUCCACCACGACGACGUGCCCACAGCUGCAAGAGUGAGGUUUCGAGAGGCCGCCGCCAGAGUGAGGCAGAAGCCAGAGGCGGACGCGGGCCUGCCGACGGCUGAGGAAGCCUACAACUUCUUCACCUUCACCUUUGACCCUGAGCCUCCGGAGGAACCCGCAAAGGGCGGGAGGAAGAGGAGGAUGAAGGCCAGAGCGGGGGAUGAAGAAGAGGAGGAGGAGGGAGCAGGGGAGGAAGAGGAAGAGGGCGAGGAGAUGGGCAGAGAGCAGGAAGAGGAGGGGGAGACGGAUGACAGGGCCCUGUUGCUGGAGACUCAGACGGUGCAGGACUUCCUGCAGCUGAAGGGGGCGGAGUAUCACAGCUACAGCAGCCGCCUGCUGCAGGAGCAAGAGCUGCUGUUCACACCCAGCGUACGACCAGCUCCAGCGUCCAGUAGGGUAGGGGACAACAUGCAGCCUCGGUACCUGGAGGAGGAGGGGCUCUACGUGGGGGAGAGGCCUGCGGUUCCCCGGUCCAACCAGAACAUUCUGGAGAACCGUAUCCUUCAGCAGGAGACGGGGAAGAAGUGGUUUGGGGAUGACGGACAGGUGUUGGCGCUGCCCGACCCCAUUAAAGAGUCUUCCACCCGUCCCCCACUCCACAACCUGGAGCCAAACCUGGACCCCGCCCUCCAGCACGUCUACAGGAAGGCUCUGAGGUCCAGGUAUGCCAGCCGGUACCUCCCCGGCGUGGGGGAACCGGAGGGGGAUUACCAGCUGGACAUCGACGUGUCGGGCCUGGUGUUCACCCACCAUCCGCUCUUCAGCCGAGAACACGUCCUGACGGCGCGCCUCACCGAGCUGUACCAACAGCACCUGGACCGCCAGGAGAGGAACCACACGAGCCUGCUGACUGACAAGCUCAGUGGUCUGAGGAACGCCCUCCGCAGGAUGGCUGAGCUCCACAGUGGGCAGGGCCUAACACCUGCCACUCAGCAGAGAAUGUCCCAGUACAAACAGGAAAUCAGGAGCACACGGAAGCUCCGGGAUGCGGAGCAGGAGAGGGACAGGGCUCUACUGAAGAGCAUCCUGAAGGUGUGGAAGGAGACCAAAGCACUCCGAGAGUUCCAGAGGUUCACCAACACCCCUUACAAGCUCUACCUGCACAGGGAGGAGGUGCAGCAGGAGGAGGAGGAGCGCAGGUUUGAGGAGGAGAUCCGGCUGGAGGUGGCUGAGCUGCUGGAGGAGUAUGAGGAGGAGUAUGAGAGGGAGCUCUCUGAGUACAGAGCAGCGCUGGAGCUGUGGAAGAGCUGGAGGAGGAGACAGAAAGCGAGAAAGAAGAAGAGGGUAAAGAAGAAGAAAGAGGCUGAUGAGGAGGAGGCGGAGGAGGAGGAAGAGGAGGAGGAAGAGGAGGCGCUGGGGGAGGAGCCUCCUAAGCCGGACCCCCCCGGGAGGCGGGACACGGGGGCGCUGGAGCAGCAGGUGCGAGAGAAGGCUUCCCGAAUCCGCCCCCAACCCACGGAGCCAAUCCUGCUGCCCCAACUCACCACCGCCGGCAACACCACAGCCAAUCAGCUCUGCCCCAGGGGAGAGUUAGCCCGGAGAGAAGAUGUAGCCAGGCGCUCCCUCUUUGCCAGGAUCUUAUACAACGAUAAGGAGGUGUCUCGGACAGACAGCUGCACCCUGUCGCAGGAAUUCAGGGUGCACUUCGGCCAAAUAUUCAACCUCAAAAUCGUCAACUGGCCCGAGAGCAUCCGCAUACAGGUGUUUGAGGUGACAGGCUCCUCCCCCUCCCUGCUGGCGGAGGUGUUUGUGCCCCUCCCUGAGCCUGCAGUUCUGACUGGCAGCGCCGCCACAGAGGAGCUCCAGUUCAGCAGCAACCAGCGCUGCUCCUGCAGCCACGAGGGAGUGGGGAGCGGUGUGGCGUUCUCCUUCGAGGCGGACGGCAGUAACACGCUCACCCUGCUGACCUCGGGGAAACUGGCCUGCUGUGUGUCCUGGGCUGUGGGGGAGGACCACGCCCCCCUGGCCCCGCCCAUCGCCCAGCCAGCUGCUGGAGUGCACAGCGCUCUGGAGCGGGUGGAUGCCAUCGCCUGCAUCGGGGCGGCCGGCCUGAACGACAUGGGGAAGCUGAGGAAGUGGGCGGCUGAGUCUCGACUGGACCCCAACGACCCCAGCAACGCAGCCCUCAUGCAGCUCCUCAUGGUGGCGGGCGGUGGGGACCUGCAGGCCCCAGAGCACUUCCGGCUGGAGCAGCUGCAGGAGGAGUUUAACUUCGUCUCCUCUGAGGAGCUGCAGCGCUCCAGGAGGUUCCGCCUGCUCAGCCUGAGGGCCCAGGAGGUGCCCGAGUUCCGCAGCUACAGGGGCGUGCCCGCGGUGGAGAGGGAGGUGUCUGACAAGGUGUUCCAGGACUAUGAGAAGAGGCUUCGGGACAGAGAGACCGUCCACACGGAGGAGCCCCUGGAUGCCCACAGGGCCCUGGUGGCUAAAUACCUGCAGAAGGUGCGAGAGUCGGUUGUUGACCGUUUUCUCAUCUCCAAGCACCACUUCCUGCUUUCCGAUCUGGUCCAAGAGGAAGAGGUUCCCAGCAUCGGGGUUCUGGGGCUGAACCUGUUCAAACUGGCGGAACCCAAGCGGCCUCUAAAACCACAGAGGAAGGAGAGGAAGAAGGUGACGGCUCAGAACCUGACCCACGGAGACAUCCGAGUGCUGGUGAACAUCAUCAGGGCCUACGACAUCCCCACACGCAAACCACAUGCCAGUAAAGCGUCAGUGGCGUCCAGAUCAGCCCGGUCCUUUGCAGAGCCGUUUGCUGCUGGACAGAUCUCCCAGAGUGCAGUGCAGGGCAGUGACUGGCCCCUCAACCAGGUGUUGGUCCAGCCCUUUGUGGAGGUGACGUUCCAGCGCUCCGUGAGACGCACCACCGCUGCGGACGGACCCAAUCCCUGCUGGAACGAGGAGCUGGACCUGCCCUUCAGCGCCCCCAAUGGGGAUUACAGCACCUCCAGCCUGCAGUCGGUGAGAGACGAGGUCUUCAUCAACAUCUUCGACCAGGUGCUGCACGACGUGGUGGAGGAUGAGAGGGAGAGGGGGAGUGCAGUUCACACUCGCAUUGAGAAGCACUGGCUGGGUUCUGUGAAGAUUCCCUUCAGCACAAUAUACCUGCAGUCUAGGAUUGACGGGACGUUUAAGGUGCACACACCGCCGGUGCUGCUGGGAUACGGUCGGGAGCGCAGCCAGGCCAGCGAGGCGGGGUACGACUCUGCGCUCUCCCUGAACGAGGGGCCCUUCCUCACCCUCUUCAUCACCAUCCUGCCACAGCUCAUUCCCGGGGAGACCGUCCGAGAGAAGUUUGACACGCAGGAGGAGGAGAAGCUCCUGGCCAUGGCGAGCAGCUUUGAGAAGGACGCUGCCCUGCGUUUCCCCGGCCGGCCCUGCCUCACCACCGUCACCGACCUGAGCGGGAAGAGCGUGUUCAUCACCCGCUACGUGCGGCCCCUCAACCCCCCUCAGGAGCUGCUGGACGCCUGUCCCAGCAGCCCCCAGGAGGCCACGGAGCUGGUGGCUCACUACGUGUCCCUGAUCCCGUCUCUGCCCGACAGCGUGUCCUUCUCUGGGGUCUGUGACCUGUGGAGCACCUGUGAUCAGUUCCUGUCGUUGCUGGCCGGGGAUGAAGAGGAGCACGCGGUGUUGCUGUGUAAUUACUUCCUGGCCAUGGGAAAGAAGGCGUGGCUUAUCAUCGGCACUGCUAUUCCUGAGGGCCCCACGGCGUACGUGCUGACCAGUGAGCAGAGCCGCUUUGUGAUCUGGAACCCAGCCAGCGGGCAGUACUACGGCCAGUACGACACCUUCUGCCCCCUGCAGAGCGUGGGCUGCCUCGUCAGCGCGGAGAACGUGUGGUUCAACACGCAGGUGUAUGACACUCCGAUGAGAAUGAGUUUCGACGUCAGCAAAUCCAAGUUGUGGAAGCCCAUUUUCUCACGAGCGUUCCCAGACCCAGGGCUGUCCAGUAUCCAGCCGGACCGACUGGUGUAUCGACGCACUGACAAGGCAGCUGCCGUGGAACUUCAGGACAGGAUUGAGAAGGUUCUGAAGGAGAAGAUGAUGGAGUGGCGGCCGCGGCAGCCGACCCGCUGGAACCGCUACUGCGGCUCCGCCCUGCGGCACGUCCUGCCCCGCCUGGAGCUCAGCGCCAGCCUGGGGGAGGAGCACCACCUGGAGCUGCAGGGCAUGCUGGGGGAUUACAGGAUCUCUGGGUUCCCGCUGCACCAGCCCUUCUCUGAGCUGGGGCCCCUGGUGGAGGCGGUGUUCAGCACGGGGGUGCACGCAGUGGAGGCCAGCAACGCAGAGUUCGCCCUGGCCGUGCACGUGCACCCCUACCCCAACAACGUGCUCUCCGUCUGGGUCUACCUGGCCUCCCUCACCCGCACCAGAUAACCGCCCAACCUGCCGCUCUCUCCACGACAGCCCCCUGAACCC